AUGCAAGUCUGGGCGAUUAUCUACGACCCGCCCGAGUUUCAUGAAGAAUUGUACCAAUCGGCCCUCCGUCUCGUUGACCCGGACAGCAUCGAGCGCAUUAAUCGAUUUUGGAAACGUGAAGACGCAUGUCGAACCCUCAUUGGUAGACUGCUUGUGCGCAUGUUGCUGGUUGACAAAGGCAUUCCACACAACGUGGUCACUCUCGGAUUUACAUCGGCCAAGAAACCGUAUAUUUUAGAACCUAAGGCUGACCCACCGAUCGCAUUCAACAUCACACACGACAAUGGAUUAAUAGCCAUGGCAUUUGGGCCGGGUCUCCAGUUACCACCCGCUUACGGCAUUGGCGUCGAUGUCAUGAAGCUCAGUAUACCCCGGCGGAACUCAUUUAAAUCGUUCGUUGAAGGUGUAAGCGACGCACUGACAGCCAAGGAGUACGGUUCGCUAAUCGGUGGGAUCCCACAAGAUGAAGGCCUGCGACGAUUCUUUUGGAUAUGGACCAUGAAAGAAGCCUAUACAAAGGCACUAGGAUCAGGGCUGGGCUUCGAUUUCAAACGCGUUGAAUACACCGUCCCGGAGGAGAAACUGACCGUCGAUGGUGAAGAGCCCAGAGGUUGGCAAUUCUUCAAGUUCAAUGUUCUCGAUAAAGAGGACAUUUAUCAAGGCGUGGUGGCCCAAUACACUGGAAGCGACGAACUAUACACGAUAACGCAACUUGAUCCAACAUCGCUGGUACAACAUCAAGGGGCUACAUUCGCUAAGAUGGCGAUCGAGAAACUAGGAGAUGCGUAG